UUUUUCUAUUCUCUCUCUCGCUCGCUCGCGCUCGCGCUGGGGUUCGCUCCGUCUCUCUCUGCGUCAAAGGGAAGGGGCGAUCGAAAGGGUUUGAGGGGAUUGGGGCUUGAUUUCUCUAAUUUAUCGCUUAAUUUGUGAGAUUGAUUAGUUUGAUGGAGGGAGGGGUUGAUGAUGGAUCGUUAGAUCGGUCGAUUAAGGCCGAGAAUGUUGGGAUCGAGAGGAAGGGCUCUCCGGUGUUGGAUUUUAUGUCUGCUGGAUGGACAGAUGAGAAGCACACGCUAUAUCUCAAUUCAAUGGAAGCAUCAUUUGUCGACCAAUUAUACAACAAUGAAUACCAUUCCAUGGAUUUACUUGGUCGGUCACCCAGGCCGCAAAAGUACUCCUCUCCCAGUCAGUUUAAGGUAUUGCGUGGGGGCUGUUGGGAGAAUCUUAUAUUUGAGAGGAGCAAAUCCCGAGUAGGCAAUCGAAAUGAAACCCGUCAUUUAUCUGGAAACCCAUGGAUUCGACACUUCAGAUCAUAUUCCAGUGGCAAAGAUGUGAAUGCUGGGACAUCUCAGCGAAGUGAAGAUCGUAAACCAACUGUUCAAUCCACCCAGCAAGAAAGUUGGCUGCCUGAAAAGGAAACAGCUUGUUCUCAAUUGAGUCAUCAGGAUCUUAUUGAUAGAAGUACAGAGGUGUCAGAUCAAAAUUUUGUUGAUGAAGAGGUCGAAGGAGCAGCAGAAUCAAGUAGAGCAUGCAAGAGAAAGAGAUCGAGAAGUCCUGUUUAUAAUCUUCUCAAUGAUCAAGUCGUUCCAUCUGGAAAAUCACUUCCACCGCCAGGUCCCGGUGACAACAAAAAUGACACGAGAAGCAGCAGCAAGGCAAUGAAAAUAACUACUGGCUUUAAGAUAAAAUGUGGGGUUUUGCUGCCCAGGAAAUGAUUUAUCUUACACGAGUAACUUUAAGAUCAAGUAAAAAUGAAGCAUCUGUAUUGUAAAUGAGGUAAGCAUGAGGAUGUGAAGAUGCCGGAACUGUUGUGAAGAGAGGAGUUAGAAUGAAGCUGCUGUUCCAGAGUAAUAGUCUUUCCUGUUCCUUCAUAUUGCUUAGAGAAAUAGUAUAUACAAUUGUAGAGAGAAGUGCAAGGUGUAAGUCCUUAAUAUCUUAAGACACCGUCCCUAAUGAUUGUUUUGCUAAUUACCACUGAGGAUGCCCUAGGUAAGGUUUGAGUAUAUUAUAUAUGUUGAAACUUGGGCAGUUCUAUCAAAUCUAUUAUGCAUGCGAUCUUAUGCUGUAAAGAUGAUGUACAACUUUGUAUUGUUGUAUUUCACCAGCCACUUUAUAUGAAGAGUGUGAAGAGCAUUUAUGCGUUUUGCCUAAA